GGCUCUACGCGGUAGCGCGAAUCUGCCCCGCGGCCCGGGCUGCGCGCGGUGCGACUCCCGGGAUCCGGCGGGCACCACGCGAGCCCCGCUCCUCGUGACCGCCGCGCGCCUCCCGGCGUGCUCUGUGCCGCGCCGAGAUCCGGCCCCGCGCCUACGGGUGCGGUUUGUGUGACUGCCGGCGGUACGGAGCGCCGGAGCGCCCUGCCCCGCGCCCUGCCCGCGCCGCUCGUUGCCGCCCCGUGCCUGGCACCGGGAGGCGCACACGCGAGACGCCGCUGUGCCGUGCCCGCCGCCCUGGGACGCCGCGGGAAGCUCCGGACGUGUCUGCGGCGGCCGCUGGAACCGGGCAGCGUACGGGAGGCAGCGCGGCUCCGGGAUGUCCCAACUGCCUGCCUUUACUCUCCGAGUCCCUGAGAACACUGAGAGCGAUGGCCAGGAGCCGAGCCCGGACAAUGAGGGAGCCCUGCACAGCUCCUUCUGCCAGCUCAUUGAGGAGCAGAGCAGUCUGGUGGCAGGAGCAACAGAAAUGGAGCUGCAGGAGAGGAGCAGAGAGCCCUCGGCUCUCCUGUUCCCCCUGGACCCCAUGGCCACUACUGGACUGGAGCCCGAGCAGGGUGAGCAGCACCCCGGCUACGCCACCACCCUGCGAAUCCUGGCCAACAUGCCCAGCCGCACCAUCGGGCGCAGCCGUGGGGCCAUUAUCUCUCAAUACUACAACCGCACGGCGCGGCUGCGGCGUCGGAGCGGCCGUCCAUCCCUGCAGCAGCUCAGCCGCACAGCACGGCCCAGCCUGCGGCAGUAUGACCUGGAGACCGACCCGGCCCACGCCACGCUGGCAGACAAGCAGAGCCUGCUGGCAAAGGAGCUGUCAAGCCUCCCACCUGCGCAGCGUAGCCAAGUGCUGCUGGAAGUGCCUCUCAGCCUGGAGGAGAAACGCAACCUCCGGAGGCAGCUGAGCCAGAAGAGGAGCACUCCGGGGCUACGCGCCCACUCUGCAGAACCCACCUCUCCAUGUGCGUGGUGCCAGGACUGCAUCGUGCUUGGCUGCCGGACCCUCUGGUACAGGUUCCUGGCACUGGUCCAUGCCGCACAGCCUUGGCACUACGCCUUGAAGCAGAUCAGUGGCCGCUUUGGUUCCAGCGUGCUCUCCUAUUUCCUCUUCCUCAAGACGCUUCUGCUGUUCAACAUCAUCUCCCUCCUCCUCCUUUUGGUUUUUGUGGUGGCCCUGCAGGCUGCCUAUCCCCCUGCUGUGGCCAGCCCCCAUCCCUUCACUGGCCUCGAGCUCUUCACCGGAGCGGGCUCCUUUACUCACUCACUGCUGUACUACGGCUACUACAGCAACACCACCCUGAACGCCCCCUCUGCCUCCAGCCCCAGUGGCAGCACGAGCCCCUCCAGAGCCACCCAGCUCCCAUACAACAUGCCACUGGCAUACAUGUUCACCAUUGGAGCCUCCUUCUUUGCCACCUGCAUCCUGCUGGUGUACAGCAUGUACCACUCCUUUCUGAAGAGCUACCGCGUGGGCAGCUCCACAGGGGUCCUGGCCAUCAAAAUCUUCUCUGCGUGGGACUUCAAGGUGGUGCAGAGGCACUCGGUGAAGCUACAGAGUGAGAACAUCUGCACUCAGCUGAAGGAGCUGCUGGCAGAGCAGCGAUUGCGUUCCUGCCCCCUGAGCCUCCCCCAGCGGCUGCGACACAUCGCUGUGCUCCUGCUUGCCUGGCUCCUAGCACUGGGCACGGUGCUGGGCUGCGUGGUGGCCUUGUACUACUUCUCAGAGCACAUGCACACGGUGCAGCAGGAACAGGGAGCUGCAGCAGGCAGUGCGUGGCAGCAGGAAGGAGUCCUGCUGGCCUUGCCGCUCGUCGUGUCGCUCCUCAACACGCUGAUGCCCCGCUUCUACAACCUGCUGGCAGCGUGGGAGAAGCAGGAUUCCCCAGAGGCAGAGGUCUACGUGGCCAUCUGCAGGAACCUCCUGCUGAAGAUUGUGGUCCUCGGCCUGCUCUGCUACCAGUGGCUAAGCCACAGACUGGUCUGCUCUGCCAAGGAGUGCUGGGAGACAUGUGUGGGGCAGGACCUGUAUCGAUUUGUGGUGAUGGACUUCAUAUUCACUCUGCUGGAUACCGGCUUUGGGGAGCUGCUCUGGAGGCUGAUUCUGGAGAAGAAGCUGAAGAGUAAGCGGAGGCCUGAGUUUGACAUUGCCCAAAAUGUGCUGGAGCUCAUGUAUGGGCAGACCCUGACCUGGCUGGGCGUUCUCUUCGCACCACUCCUGCCAGCAGUACAAGUAGUGAAGCUGCUGCUGCUCUUCUACAUCAAAAAGACCAGUCUGAUGCAGAACUGCCAGUCUCCCAGCAAGCCCUGGCAAGCAUCUCAUAUGAGUACUGUCUUCAUCACGCUCCUCUUCUUCCCAUCCUUCUUGGGUGCAGCCAUCUUUGUCUCUUACACAAUCUGGUGGGAGAAGCCAUCAGAAACCUGUGGCCCCUUCCGGGGUCUUCAAACCAUCUACCAAACACCGAAGGUCUGGGCGGAGCUGCUGGAGGAGUCCAACCCCAACAUCGCCUUGUUUGGCUGGAUCCCCCAGUACCUGCUGGAGAACACUGUCUUCCUCUUCUUUCUCACUGGGAUGGUGCUAGCCGUCAUCUAUUUCAACAUCCAGGUGUUGAGAGGGCAGCGCCAGAUCAUCUGCCUGCUGAAGGAGCAGAUUGCCAACGAGGGGGAGGAUAAAAAAUUCCUCAUUCAGAGGAUUCACUUCAUUUAUGACCAUAAAGUGCGCUAUGCUUGAUGCCAGGGACCUUCUGCUUUCACAGACCCAAGAAGGAGCAAGGCAGAACAGGACAGCUCACCAGGAGGAACUGGAGCCAGCAGCUGUGGCAAUGCCCUGGGAGC